GCUUGAGCCGGCGAAAAGGGCUAAAGUCUGUUUUGACUACGAUGAAGAGACUCCUUUCGAGGAGAACGUCGACGCCUGCGCCGAGCUCUACCACAAGAUCUCUUCUUAGGUCCCGAGCCUCCCGUCGGUCCCCGAGCUCCGAUUCCCUAACAUGUACAAGGGAAUCACACGUACAACUGCUGUGCUCGCCAGCCAGACCAAGAAUCUGGUCGCUGCUUACGAAGUAGCUCUAUUCGACGAGCAAGUGAGGGUCACGGAGCUGGAGGAAAGAGUUGCUAAAGCUGAGGAACGUCUCGCCACCGAGCUCCAGAUUAAUGACACCUUGCACUGUUCGGUGGAUCUGCUGAAACAAGAGAGCGCGGAGCUAAAAGCGGUGAAGGCCAAACUGACCGAGGCUCAAAGCUUCCUUUCUAGGGAGUUUGAGAAGGUCAAGGGGCGAAUGCAGGACAUGGUGGCACACUGGAAGGCUCGGGCUAAGAGCGUGCAUGCAAAGGCCUGCGAGCGUUUAGAGAAGAUCAUCCGAAGCUUGGUUGAUGCUGACCGAGCUCGUAAGCCAUACUUGGUGGUCAACCAGCUCACCGGAGUUCUUGGCUUCAUCAAGCAGCUUAAAAAGAAAGGCUUAUAUGAGGUCCCAGUCGAGAUGGUUACCGACAUCGAGGCAAAGCAUGAUAAGGCAUUGCAAGAGUUCCGCUCGGUCGACGCUUGCGUCCUCACGGAGGAAGACAAGCGGAUGUCUCCAUUCCCGAAAAAGGAUGAUGCCCCGGUUAUAAAUGUGACUCAAAGCGCGCAGGAUCUCGUAAGGUGCGAGCAAUUUGGAUCGAAUGAGGACAUGCUGAAUGCCGAUCAAGAUGCGACCUCAAAGACCGCCUAAUCUUUUUCUUUUUCUUUUUAAUCGAACUCAACUGCCCUUUCAUGGGUUACUUUAUGUAAUAUUUUGUUUAUUUCCGAACCCUCAGUGGGUUUUUAACUUUAUUUGCCUCUCGGGAGGCUUUAAUUAUAUGCUCGUUUUUC